CCAGGUGUGAGUGCGUGUGUUGUGUCGCGCUCUAAUCGGUUUAUAUCCCGGUGUGGGCCGGAGGCGGAGCGGAUCACACCCCCGGUCUCUGACUGCGCCUUUAUGCGCGCGCUCCGUUUCCUUUCCGGUGAGGCUGCAGUCCCGCGCGUGAACACCGACAGCCCGAGUGAAGGAAGCGGUGCGAUGUGAGAGUCCCCGGGGUGGCGAUCAGACCCGAGCGUGCGCGCGCGGAGGAGAGGCGGAUGUAGCGCAUGGAUUGUUCGAGUCUCAGGUGCGCGACGCUGCUGCUGGCGGUGACGCUCGCGCCGCUCGUCGCAGCACUUAAGUGUGUGUGUCAUCUGUGUGCAAAUCACACCUGUGAGACGGAGGCUGAGGGUGCAUGCUGGAACUCCGUGAUGCUCAUCAAUGGGAAGGAGGAGGCUGUAAAGUCCUGCUUGUCCCCCAGCGAGCUAAAGGGACAGCUGUUCUGCUACAGCUCUAAAGAUGUGUCCAAACGCAACUGCUGCUUUACUGAUUUCUGCAACAACGAAACACUUCAUUUACGCUCAGAACCAUCCUCUGUGGACCCUGACUGGGGCCGGCUUGAGUUAUCGGCUGUUAUCCUGGUGCCUUCAUGCCUACUGUGUGUUGGUGUGUUUCUGGGUGUGUGUGCUAUCCGGAACCAGCGCUGCGUGCACAGUAAGAGCCGAAACCAGGAUCCAGAGGAGCCUCUGGACGACCAGAGUCUCGUGUCGUCAGAGAAAUGCCUGAAAGAAUUGAUCUAUGACAUGAGCACGUCAGGCUCGGGAUCAGGGCUGCCACUGCUGGUACAGAGAACGAUAGCACGAACCAUAGUGCUACAGGAGAGCAUCGGUAAGGGCCGUUUCGGAGAGGUGUGGAGAGGGAAGUGGCGAGGAGAAGAUGUGGCCGUGAAGAUCUUCUCUUCCCGAGAUGAACGUUCCUGGUUCCGCGAGGCUGAGAUCUACCAGACCAUCAUGCUUCGGCAUGAGAACAUUCUGGGCUUCAUCGCAGCUGAUAACAAAGAUAACGGUUCAUGGACUCAGCUGUGGCUGGUGUCAGAGUAUCAUGAACACGGCUCACUGUUUGACUACCUGAACAGAUACACAGUGUCUGUUGAUGGCAUGAUCGUCCUCGCGCUGUCCAUCGCCAGCGGCCUGGCUCACCUUCACAUGGAGAUCAUCGGCACUCAGGGAAAACCAGCCAUUGCUCACAGAGAUAUAAAGUCCAAGAAUAUCUUGGUGAAAAAGAACAGCACUGCAGUUAUUGCUGACCUGGGAUUGGCUGUCAAACACGACUCCACCACCAACACUAUUGACAUCCCGGCGAACCACAGAGUGGGCACCAAGAGGUAUAUGGCCCCUGAGAUUCUGGAUGACACCAUUAACAUGAGCAGCUUCGAGUCAUUUAAGCGGGCUGAUAUCUAUUCUCUGGGGCUGGUGUUCUGGGAGCUGGCCAGAAGAUGUUCAGUCAGAGGGAUACAUGAGGAUUUCCAGCUGCCUUAUUAUGACCUGGUGCCUUCAGAUCCGUCGGUGGAGGACAUGAGGAGGGUCGUGUGUGAGCAGAAGCUGCGGCCUAACAUCCCCAACCAGUGGCAGAGCUGUGAGGCCCUGAGAGUGAUGGGUAAAAUCAUGAGGGAGUGCUGGUACGCUAACUCGGCCGCUCGCCUCACUGCGCUACGUGUGAAGAAAACCAUCUCCCAGGUGACAGUUGUGAAGGACGUUAAAGAGUAACACACACACACUACCUGCUCAAAGGUGCUGAUGACCUUUGAGUGAGCCCUUCAUCACUAAUUAAGGGACCACAUUUCAAAACUCUGCGUUUGUGAUGCCAAACACUCCAGCGUGUAGCAGUGGAGCCUUCCUUCUGCGCAGUGACUGAGAGUGAAAAGGAUUCUGAGCUGCUCAAAGUGAACCUGGUUUCGUUUCGAGAAUGCAGAAGAUGCAGGGAGUUUGCAGAGGAACUGUGAACUUGCAUACAAGCAAGAAUUCAGUCGUUAUCUGGAUGACCUACUAAACACUGCCUAUUUUUUCCACUUUAUUCUUCAUCUCUUUUCUCUCUUCUCUGUAUAUAUAUUUUUUCCUUCACAGUCUCUUAUUUCCUUUUAUCUUAUCUCUUCUCAUCUCUUCUACUCUUCACUCCUCCAGUCGUUUUUCAUGUUUCUGUACCUGCUGCAGCACAUUGAAAAGUUGCAAAAGAAAAAAAGAUUGUACCCAAUCAGACUUGGCAUCUUUCCUUAACACAUUAAUGUGACUGUUAAUGUGUUAACGAAGUACACUGAGUUGCCAGUAUAUUAUGUUCAGCUACUACCCUUAUUGACCAUUUUAUCAGGUUAAACUACAACACAUUUGUCAGUCUACAAUGACUCAUGUGUUGGUCUGCUCAAGUCCACAUCCAUCAGUGGAAAGGGACCGUUGUAAGACCAUGACUGAGCAAAUAUUGUUCGUGUGGUGAUGCAUUUUCAGGACCACUGAGAAAGUGACAUGGUAGCAUGUGCGAUCCCGGUAUGAGUGUACCAGGCGGAACAGUUUUGCUGGGGUUUCACUGCUAGAAGUCCACCAAACGAAAAUAUCCUGUACUACUUUAGUCAGAAAUUGACACUGAUGUGAGAUUGACACAAAAUGUGGUGUUUAAAAAAAAAAAUAUAUAUAUAUAUAUUAGUGCUGUCAAAAAUGUCGCGUUAUUAUCGCGUUAACUUGACUCAAUUUUAACGGCGAUAAUUUUUUUUUAUCGCAAGAUUAACGCUCUGUGACAUGAUGUAGGUUUUUCAUAAGCUUUUGAAACUGCCAGGAACUUGGAACAGAGACUUUGCUUAGAAAAACGAUAGCAGCUAGACUGUAAUGCCACGCCACGCACAGCCAGAGUCCUCUGCCCUCCCCCCAAAGAACCAGUGCGGGCAUGGCGCGCUAGCCCCGUGCCUCGGGACGAAGAGCCACGGCGCUCGGCUUAGGUUUCGUUUUCCCAUCGGCGGCUCCAGCCCGACUUUGCAGUGGCUGUGACAAGACGUGUUAUGCUCUGCAAUUAAAAAAAAAAACAUUGGUACAAAGCAAGCCCAUUCACUUUUUUAUGCUGAUAAGAGAAUUACAAUGGUUUUUCAUGUGACAAAAAUGUGCGAUUAAAUUGCGAUUAAUCGCGAGUUAACUAUGACAGUCGCAACAUUAAUUGCGAUUAAAUAUUUUAAUCGCUUGACAGCACUAAUAUAUAUAUUAUAUUUAUCCUAUUCACAUUCACUGGAUAUGAGUAAUCGCGUGCUCUGAUUGGUUACUCUACUACUAGGAUAUCAGCUCAUAUGCAUUUUUAAACUUGUUUUAUUUCUUAACGUGUUAUUCAAUUACGUUUUCGGUUUCAGUAACCUUAUAUCGUGACUCGUAUUGGCAACUAAAUGCAAUUAAAUAUUAUACUUAUCGGCCUAUUCGGUUUUCAGCCGUGUUGAAUUUAGUUCGUUUGGUCCACGGCAGGCGUCGCUUAUCCGCACGAUCUUCACGAGACUUGUGCGAGACUUCGAAACGUGAAGUGUCAGCCAGGUGUCAGUGCCGCCAUUUUGAAAGCUGUUUUCCAAACGAAAUAUUGCAAAAAAAUGAGUUUAAAUGAUGAUUACUGCCUACUUUUUCAGACUUUCCUGAUUGCUAUCAAAACAAACAAAACGUCCGGCUUGAUUGCGCCAGCAUUCGAAAGAGGGUGCGUGCGUCUUUUGACAGCUUUGGCAGAUGUUGGUCGCUUUGAUUUCCGCUGUACGUUUUACUUCCGUCCUACGAUGUCUCGCACAGGUCUCAACGAAUCUCGUUUACGGCCAUUGCUUUGACAUAUGGACUGAUAUAUUACAGAGCAUAUUUCAAACACUCAGAACAGCGACAAAAUAGCGAUCAGAAAUGCAUUCCGAUAUUUAAUAAAAUGAGAAAGAGAAUUUUGAUAGUAAAAAAAUAUUGCCUUCAGUUCUCCUUUACUUUUGACCGUGCACUGACAGUUCCAUCAUUCUGUCGCUAAACAAACAGCUGAUCACACCGAGGUGCUUGCUGAGCGCUGAUUAUUUAUUAGUUUGGUCCUGCGUUUCCUUUCCUUCGGAUAUAAUAUAAUGUCUUUUCUUCUCACUUUCCGUUGCUGUAGUUGGUCUUUCACGUUUCAUUCGCACACUUACAUACUCCAUUUUUCUCUCCUGUUUCAAAUUUGAAUCCCACAAUGCCUUGCGCAAACCGGGAAAGCCCACCACAUGAUGCAUGAUGUAGUAUGGUGAAGCAGGAAAAAAUAGCGGAGAAUUUAGGGCCAUGUGGCCCUAAAUUCAUUAAUUCUUCUAUUAAAAAAACCUACAGUAAUAAAAUUGGAAGUCUGUGAUUCGAAUUCAGUUAGCUUUGGGUCCACUAAACAAAAAUAAUUGGUUGUCGGGAAAAUUAUUUUUAUGACCUACACUUGAAAAAUCUGAAAGGCAGUCUACCUUUAAAAAAAAAAAAAAGAAGAGAGAUAAAAUAGUAGUCAUUACAGGGUGGAGUAGGCAGUAUAAAAAAAAAAAAGCAAUGUUUUUUGUUUUGUCUUAAAAUUGGUCAGAGUCAGGGCUCGUCUCACAUCAUCUGGGAGGUUAUUCCAGGGUUUGUGCAGCACGAUGAUAAAAUCUGCUUCACCAUGUUUUGUUCUAACCCUUGGGACGGUCAGUAGACCAGCCCCAGAUGUCCUCAGAGUCCUAGAAGGUUCAUAUAUCACAAGCAUGUCAGAGAUAUAUUUGGGCCCUGAGCUGCAGAGCUCACAAGCACUAUACAGUAAUGGUAAACCAAAAGGGCCAAUCAAUCAAUCAAUGGUUCACAGCAGCCAAGAAGUCCACAAGAUCACAGUACGGAAAGCAAAUAGUGAUGAACAUGAGUUUGGAAAGACUGAAAGCUAUCGUCACUAAUCUCUCCAACUAUGCUGUCUGAGAGUCAAUUCUAAAUACGGACCGCAGUGUGGAAGAAGGUCCUGCCUGUGGAGUAGGUUCUUGAGACUGCUUCAGUGAGUGCAUGACUUGGCAUGAAUAUGCUCGUGCGAGUUGCACGUCUGAUCACAUACGGCUGAGGAACUAUCCUCUUCAGGUCUGGUGGGCAUCAGCUUGUGUGCAUCUUGUAGAUCGCAGCAGCAGCAGCCACCAGACGUCUGUGUUGUCGGUGUACAAAGGUGUUGUCAUGGUUUCCCCUGUUGCAUUCCUGUUUGUAAUUAUUUCUGUUUUGGUCUCAUCUCCACUUCUUGUACCAUCAUUGCACCUGUUCCCAGCUGAGUCCAUGAAUAGUUUGUCUAUAAAUCCCCUGUUGAUUUAUUGUCUCAUUACGAAGUCUUGCCAUGCAUUAAGUCUAAACCAUAUAUCCCAAGUGGCACGUUUGACACUUUCAUGUUUCCUGAUUUGGACGGUUUCUUGUUCUUCAGAUUACGAUUAUGGAUUAUCCCAGAUUAUUUCCAUUUGACACGUGCAGUGAUUUUCUCCUAAUUAAACCUAUACUAAUUUACACACUUGUGUAUGUCCUGCGUGAUCAACCUACAUGUUAUAGUCGUAGAGAUCUCAUGUUAAAACAAUCCCGGCUUUCCAUCUCACACUUGUAACAGGACCACACACACGAUCGUGUCACUCUUAGUGCUGUCUUGAGAAUGAUCCACCAACCAUAUAAUAUCAGUUGUGGUCACAUUGUCUCAUCGGUCUCAUUCCAUUGAUGGACACGGUAAAGGGGCUGAUAGAUUUUACGUAACAGAUAAGAUAAUUUCGAUAUGAAUCUAUCACUUUAUUAGGAACACUUGUACAUUCAAACCAUGAUAUAAUUAGCCAGUCAUAGGGAAGCGGUGUAAUGCUUAAGAUACAGCCUGAGCUUUAGUUAAAAAUGUUCACAUCAGAAUGGGAAACAAAUGAUCUUAGUCACUUUGACCAUGGCAUGGUUGGUGAGUAUUUCCAGACACUGCUGAUUUCCUGGGAUUUUCAUACAGAAUAGUCUAUAGUGUUAGGUCUAAAGGUUAGCGAAGCAGUUUUGAGACCAAAAGGUGGCUGGUUCGAUUCCCUGGACCAGCAGGAAUGGCUGACGUGCCCUUGAGCAAGGCACCCGACCCCCAACUGCUCCCUGGGCCGCCCACUGCUGUGAGUAUGCCAGGGUACUAUUGUACGUCGCUCUGGAUAAGAGCGUCUGCUAAAUGACUAUAAUGUAAUGUUGUAUUUAAACAGAAAAGUGCGAAAGACCAAAAGUAAAAAAAACUUCUACUGGCAGUUCUGCAGGUAGAAACUCCUCAGAGAGGUCAGAGUAGAAUGGCUGGAGUAGUCAAGUCAAGUUUAUUCGUAUAGCGCUUUUAACAAUAGACAUUGUCUAUUGCGCAAAGUAGCUUUACAGAAAGUUAAACACUUUAAAUAUUAGCUAAUUUAUCCCCAAUGAGCAAGCCUGUGGCGACAGUGGCAAGGAAAAACUCCCUCCGACGACAUGAGGAAGAAACCUCGAGAGCAACCAGACUCAAAAGGGAACCCAUCCUCAUUUGGGUGAUAACAGAUAGCGUGAUUUAUAAACAACUCGCUUCUAUAACAGUGUCCUAUAGAGUCACAAAGUAUCACUGUGUAACCAGGAAACUCAUUAUAGUUUUAACAUGAAGUCUGUUUUUAUAAGUUAUAAACUGUUCAUUGAUGGAAACUUGAGUGCAAAACUGUUCAUAACAACUGCAGUGCUAAAGUUAGCAAGUCAACUGAAGUCCUCAGAUAUCAUAGCAAAACUAUAAGUGUCCAGAGCGUCUUCCAAGUGCGACUUUCAACUGUCCAUAUGGGGCCGUCCUCUACAGGAGCGAUGUGAUGAGACUCCAGCCAGACAUAGGGCAGAGUAGACUGGUUCGAGCUGACAGGAAGGCUAUGAUAAGUCAAAUAACCACUCUUUACAACAGUUGUGAGCAGGAAAGCAUCUCAAAAUGCACAACUUGUCAAGUCUUGAAGCUGCAACACCAAGAGACCACAUUGAGUUCCACUCUUUUCACAUAAGAACAGGAAUUACGGUGAAUAUACAGUAGGCACAGGCUCACCAUAGACCAGGUGACAGGUACAUGUGUUCCUAUUAAAGUGAAUGUAUAUUAUUCGUCAAAUGGAAAAACAGGCGUUUAUGUUCGAGUUAAACUCAUUUCCGACUCAUACUAUUGGCUGAAGCAUCAUAAUUAAUCUUCAUGGACCUGCUCCUUUAAAGCUCUAACCCACGGGGCCAAGGGAGUAACUUUUGAUUUUGACAUUGGUGGGGACCCAAAAGUGAUCCAAGGCAGUUACCAAUAUUCGUCUGUAGGUGGCAGUAAAGGACCAUGGAUUUGUUGUAUCUAGCCUAGCCUAGUAGUAGUCGAAAGAGGUCUCUGUAAAACGGUGAACGCAGCAGACUCAGCGGCUGUCACGCUGUUGAUUCUGAAAUGCAAGUCGCACAUCUGCAUGGCCAUGCAGUAGCCUACAUCUGACUACUUACAUUCUGUAAAACCAUUAGGUCUAUAAAUUUAACAUUCAUUCAUCGAGGAUAUUAUCUAACACCAAGUUACAUUGCUCCAGCAUUCCUUUUCUCUGCAGCUAUGCAGUAGCCUAGCUCUGAUGCGUCCUGUCACGUUGCUAAACCUGCCUAAGGAACCGCAGCGAUACUUUUAUGAAGGGUUUCCAUACAUCAAAAGGAUUUUGUUGAGUUUUUAAAGCUCGACGGAAACCCUGCACUUACAUUCUUGACUUUGAAGAAGAAUGAACGAAUGUCUCGUUUCUUGGGAGGGGGGCCGUCAUCUAUGAUCCUCAAGUCAGCAUGCGAGUCGUAGGGCAAGCAUGCGUGGACAUCGAAGUCCAGCUCAAUUUGUAGGCUGACGGAGAGUGGGAGGUGCGUGGGGUAGGUCAGGUGUGUACGUCCGAGAUACGGGGGGUUGAUGGGCAGGUAGUCACGGCUGCUGUGGGAAGUGUGCUGCUUUUACAGCAGAUGGAGUGACAGCUGGGAUAGCCAACCAUGUAAGCUAGCGAGAAACAGGUAGCUAAUCAGAGAAUGAUAUCUGCGUUAGAGGGGGGAUUAUUAGCAGUGUCAUACAUUUAACCCUUUGUGUGCCAUAUAAUCAUUGCUCAGGUUAAGACAUCGGUUUUAUCGAUCGUGAUUACACAGUAGCGGCUGAAUAUCGAUAGGGACACGUCCCUAGCGUCCCUACCCAAAAUUACGCCCUAUCAGAAACUUCAGCAGCAUGAGCUGCAGCAAAAAGGUAUCAUUUUAACUUGCUGCUAUUAUCACUUUCAUUCUGCUUUGCUGUUCAAGUUGUACUCUCUGAAUCUUUCAGAAUACAAAGAUGAUUGCUACCUCAUGUGCUUUCUCGAAGUGCCAAAUGCGUCAAGUCACACAUCUUAAGCAGUGUGCCAUAACUGCUUUGGUUGGUGUAAUACGUAUAUAGUGUAUUCUUUAUGUAUAUGUGGAUUGUUAUUGUUACUGAGCAAAACACUUAUGAGACAAAGGAUUGAUUGAUUGAUUAGGAAACAAUAGCUAUAUGGAUUACUUAAUUACCAUUUAAUCAUGCAAUGCACAAACCAAACAUGCAAUCAAAAUUUUUUUCAUGCGCACACCAAAAUAUCAGAAUGUAUUAUGUAUAGUUUAAAAACACGUGUCCUGG